UUUCUUAGGGGAUUCUAAAAGAAACACUUAUGUAGUGCUUGGAUCUGAGUAGUUGUGCUAUUAUUCUGUAGUCUUUGUAUGUUUUUUUUAUCUUUUUGUAAUUCUAGAGCACGUCUUGUAUUCUUUUAUUUCUUCGAGAUGGAAGGUUUUAAUGAUGUAGGUACUAAGAAAACUCUAAAUUUAUCCCACAUAAUACUUCACCGAUUUUAAAAAAAAUUAAUAUAUUUUUAACUUUCCUCCUGUUUUUAAGGUAUUUCACAUAAAAAAUAAAUCAAGCCGACACGGGCUGGCGUGCCACGGGCCGGCCCACUUACUUCCCGUGCCGUGCUUGGGUUGCUGCCUGCAGCAUGUGGGCCGGCACGGCACGGCUCGACUAUUAAUCGUGCCUUGGUGGGCCGUGUCGUGCCAGGCACGUUUACAACGGGAUGGGCCGUGCCGGCUCGUUUGACCGGGGGGAUCGUCCGUCAUGUUUGGUUAGGCCAUCCUGGAGAUUUUUGUUUCGUGCCAACUGUGUGACGGAUGAAUAAAAGCUUCGUGAGUUUGUCUAAAAAAACUAGGAGCAUUCCUAUAUGGUAGAGACCUUCACCUAUAUAUAAAAAAAAAAUUAUGGUAGAGACCUCGGCGUAUUGCCCUGUCCGCCUUAACUCGCCGCCUGGCACGGUGAGAUCGCCAUGUCCACCCCUCACCUACGUCAGCACCUAGGGUUUCACCAGAGCGCGCCCAUGGAGAUCCAGAGCGUCGUGCGCACGACACAGCAGCUCCUGCCGGAACUCGACGCUCCUCCUGCAAGCAGGGGAUGGAGGGAUUCAUCAGCUGAAAGAGAGGCUCAAACUUGCCGAGAAAGCGACAUUCUUCAAGGUGCCCCCAAAAGGAGACAAGGCAUUGAGCUUGACAAACUUCCUGAGGAUAUGCUACAUCAUAUACAUUCACUUAUGCCAGUAAAAGACGCUGGCCGUGCCGCCUGUGUAUCUAAACGAUUUCUGCAUUCAUGGAGAUGUUAUUCAAAUCUCAAACUCAAUAAACGAACACUUGGGUUGAUUGGCGACAAAUUUGAGGGAAAUGAAAUAUAUCACAUCAACAAAGUUGACCAAAUUCUUAAUAGUUAUUCUAAAAAUGGGAUGAAGGUGAAGUCACUUAAACUUGAUCUUUUCCAUUGUAGCAGUGCGAGUGCCUUCCAUCUGGACCGGUGGCUCAGAAUUGCUCUCAAAUCUGGUAUCAAAGAACUAAGCUUUUCGUUGUCUCGUUCCAUGAAAGAAGAAUACUGUUUUCCAUGUUCGGUUUUAUAACAUUGUUUUAAAUAGCCCGCUAUAGCUCCCCGCUAUAGCACGCUAUAGCAUUUACAGAAGGUCUUGCGCUAAGAGACUUUGAUCCAAACAAAUGAACAAACAUUUUAAAUAGCUUCGCUAUAGCACGCUAUAGCAUUUAGAAAAGGUCCGCCGCUAAGAGGCUUAGCGCGCUAUUUAAAACUAUGGUUUUAUUUGACGAGCAAGCUGCGAGUUCGAUUGAGCACCUUAAUAUCUCCAAGUGCACUUUUCAACCUAUGGAAACACUUGGCUAUUUUGAAAGAUUGAAAAGUUUAGACCUAUUCCGUGUUCGCAUUACUGAGGAAGGAUUAUGGAAGUUGCUCUCAAAAUCUUUCAGCUUAGAACGGUUGGAUAUAUUUUCAUGCAAUGAGAUAAUUUGUUUGAAGAUACCGUGUACACUGCAGAAACUUAAUUUGCUCAUAGUUACAAGUUGUCAAAAGAUUCAGGUGAUAGAUAUCAGCGCUCCGAAUCUCUUCACUUUUCACUAUGUUGGGUUCCCGCCAGAGAUCUAUAUCGGAGAUUCUUCCCAACUUACAGAAGUACAUUUGUCAUCUUUAUAUCCGUCCAGAAUCAUCUCUUACGGUCGUGCCAAGCUUCCAUCUAUCGCUAGCAAUGUCGAGAGGCUUACCCUGUUGUCCUAUGAAUGUGAACACUCCAAUGCUUCCUGACAAGCUCCUCCACCUCAAGAGUUUGAAGAUUGUCCUUAACGGAUCAGGGCCCUGUUCCCCUGUCUAUGACACCUUUUCUCUGGCUUCUUUUCUUGAUGCUUCUCCUGCCUUGGAAUCUUUCAUCUUGCGUAUAGAACGAAAUGCCAUAAUACAUUAUUAUGAUGCUGGGGGCGAUGCAUACCCAAGGGGGAAACCGGCAUACCAGCAUGACCACCUCAAACGGGUGAUGAUCGCUGGCUUCCGUUCAGCCAAGAGCCUUAUUAAGCUUGUAAUCCACAUCCUUGAGAGCGCUCCUUCGCUGGAGUGUCUCACGCUGGAUACGACCCCUGGUGGCCAUGGUAGGAAGCUUGGUGAUACAAGCAUAUGCAGUGCUGCAAGAAUGUGGGGUAAAUGUUGUUAUAUGAGUGAGAGAGCUCUUGAAGAGGCUAACAGAGCUGUUGAGGCUGCGAGUAGAUACAUCAUUGGGAGAGUUCCAUCAACUGUUGAAUUUGAGGUCCUUGAGCCCUGUAGGCAAUGCCGUACUGGCAACCAGUAGAUGGAUGCUUGUGUGGUUUGUCCUAGUUAACAUGCAAGUUUGGGCCAGUGGUCCGGUUCAAGCGGCUCAUUAGAUAUUUGCAUAUAGUUAAAUAAAAGUAAAUUCACUUUAA